UGAUGGUUUAAUUAGAUAUUGAGGGUGUUCAAGAAAAUAUAACAUUUAGUUUGUUGGAAAGUGACACAAUAAAGGAUAUUAAAACAUAACUUAAUGAUUAUUUAAAAUAAAAAAAAAGACCUGAAUUAAAAUAUAUUGAAAUUUAUAAAGAUUCAAUACUACAAAAUGAUGAAACAAUAACCAUAUUUCAAUUAUUUAAACAGCCAUAUAUUGAAGUCAAAUCAACUUCUAAAAAUCAUGAGAAUAAGAAUCCAAAUUAAAUUUCUGAAAAACAAUAGAUUGAAAUGUAGUAAAAUGAUUUCAAUAUAUAGUCUGAAAUAUAAUUACUAAAAGAGUUAUUCGAUACAAAAUUAAAAAAUUUACAAUUGCUCUUUAUGAAAAUGUUAAACGAUUCGCGAAAUAUUAUUUUUAAAGAAUUAGAAUUUUUAGAGAGAGAUAUUACAUAGAUUUAAUAAUUAUUUAAGUAACCUUUUAAUCAAUAAUAAUUAUCUUAAUUGAUUAAAUCUAAAUAAACUUUAUACAACUAAUAGAAAUAAAUUAGCUAGGAACAUAUAUAAAAGUUAUAAUCAGAAUUUGAGAAUUUUAAAUAAAAUCUAUAAAAGGAAUAAUAAAAAUUGUAAGAAAAAUAACGGAACUGUUUUGAAAUGGUAAAAAUAGAAAUGCAAACAUCAAUUUAAUCUUUUUAAGUGGAUGAACAAAAAGUUCUGAGAUAGACUAAAAUAUUGACAGAUGAGGAGGUAACUUUUGAAGAAUUAAUCAAAUAUUUGGAAUAAACUUUUCCUGUUGAAAUUAAAAAAUACACUUAAACCCUUGGUCCAUUAAGAUAAUGGGUAGGAUUAUCAGAAAACAAAGAAAAAGAAGUGAAACUUAAGGAAAUUGUAUAUAAUCAUUAAAAUGAAUUAAUCAAAUUUGGUCCGAUUCACAUAGAUAUAAAAAGUAAAUAAUAACAAUCAAGCGCUAUAGAUAUAAAUAUUACAUUAUAUGAAUUGAAAAAUGAAUGA